AUGGCUGUUGCGGGAGAACUGUCGCUCAUGUCAGCCAUAUCGCCCACCCCAAACUUCAAUGGCUGCUAUGAUGCCAGUGAGAUGGAUGCGUACAUCAACUUCGAACCUGUGUAUCCGUCGCCCUCGCUCUCUCCUUCAGCAGAAGCCAAAUCAGUGCAUCCAACACCCUCCUCGCAACCCUUUCAGCCGUCGAACACAACUCCCUCUCCCGUCUCAAAUAGCAACACAUUUGGCUCGAGCAUCCAACCCUCGCAGCAGGUCUCGUUCUCUGCACCAAGCCAUCAAUAUGGCUCUUACCAGCAACAGACGGGCUUGCCCAUGGGCGGCCUGGCAAAUACGAUGCCUUUGAAUCCAGGCCCCAGUAUGCGUGUGGGCUUCAACGACCUCGCUUUCGGCCAGCCGGAUAGCUUCGGGUUGAUCAAUCGUCCGGCAGAUGUAUUAUCAAUGAACACAAGCCCAAUGCUCGCUUUCCCACACGAUUCCACCGAUCUGGACUUGGAAUCAGAUCCCGCUGGAUUAUCCCAGGGCACCAUGCUAUCCUCACAAUCAUCGAAAACUCAAUUCGUUGACCCAAACGCUGUUGGUGGCCAGGAGCUUUCGCCCGUUGCGCCUCCAGCACAGGUAGGACGCGUUUACCCAGGAAUCCAUCAGCAGCAGGCUGCAAGGGCACGGGCCGCCCAGCAACAAAGACAGCAAGAAAUGAUUCGACGUCAGCAACAGCAUCAACUAGCCCAGGGUCAACCACAACCAUCAGUACCACAAGGCCAUUCUCGCCAAUCAAGUCGGUCCCAGCAAGGCAAAGUCAGCCGGCCUGUUGAUCCUCUGGUCGAGGAACGCAUCUCUCGUUUGCUCCAACAAAUGAGACAGAAUAGCGUCGUCGUCGGUGACGAACAAUCAGGAGCUGGAAACUCACUCCCUCAACCCACAAAACAUAAAAAGGACGAACAAGACAUGGAUGAGGAUGAAAGAUUACUAGCAAGUGAAGAAGGGAAGAAGUUGAGUAGUAAGGAGCGACGUCAAUUGCGCAAUAAAGUUUCGGCUCGUGCCUUCAGAUCUCGAAGAAAGGAGUAUAUCGGACAGCUUGAAGGCGAGGUUACCGUAAAGACCAAUGAAGCAAACGAGCUUCGUAUCCAAAAUCAAGCUCUGAUGCAAGAGAAUGCCCGCCUAGGGGAUCUUACGCGGAUGCUCCUUUCGUCUCCUCAUUUUGCUUCAUUUUUAAACGACAUCAGCGUGAAUGGACUUCCGCCGCUUUUGCAAAAGGCUCCGUUAACGAAUCAGACCCAUAUGCCGGCUGACAUGUCGAGUGAUGCUAAAGCGCCCCAGCUAUCCCAAGAGGUGGAAGUACAGAAUACUCAAACAGUUGUUCCGAGCAUAGCCGAAGAGCCAUUUGAUUUUGCGUCGAUGGAUUCGGGAUGGAACUCGGGUAUCGACAUUAACUUCACCAACCCUACAGUCCUUGCUGUUCUGGACGUCCCGGAAGGACCAUUUGUCGACCCCGCAGUCCUCUCUGGCAAGAAUUCGAUUUCCGUGGGAUUACCCUCAGCUGACGAGGCCAAAAGUGAAUUACCGGCUUUACCACUCUCGAUCUUCGAUAGCUACUCUAUGGAAGAAGCAAACGAACCCCAUUGUCCUGCCAUCGAGGUUGACGUGGAUGAAAAUGAUCCCUCCUUCGCACUUUACCUUGACCAACCCAAUUCUGAAUCUAAGAAUGAACCGUUCGGUCAUCCAUUUCGCGGCCCCGAAAUAGGGAAGGCGUCUGCACGCUAUGAUCUAGUUGUAGCGACUCACCCCACAGACCAACACCAUUCGGACCACCAUGCUUUGCGACAGUUUAAACGACUCCAAGCUAGCGUUGAAGGCGCAUACCAGCGCAUAUCUCGUGUUACUUCUCAUCUGGAUUAA